GAUUGAUUAGGCCGAACGCUGUUGAGGCUGUAGGGACCAAAUUAGGCUGAAUUGAUUGACUUUGACCCCACGUGCACUCACAAGCGUUAAAGAGCUUGAGCUCAACAUCGCUUGACGUCGCCGCACUUGCCGAUCAGAACUUCAUCCAUUGAAUUUCGAAACACGUUUGUCCACUUUUCUCUUGUGCUACCGGCCAACGAAAUUCCUCCCUCCAAAAGGCCAGCAGCACAAACGUCUAGCUGUGUCUCAACUUCCUCUCUUUCACCACCACAUCCCAACCCCGCACAUCCCCACGAACCAUGGACCGCCCAAACAAACCCGCCGCCCUCUCCCCCUCCUCCACCGGGCCCCAACCCACCGUCCGCAGCGACAAGGGCCGCGUGACUGCCACCCUGCCUACGGGCGACUCCGUCGAAGUCCUCACAUACGGCGCGACAGUCAUAAGUUGGAAGAGCGGCAGCGGGCAGGAGAACUUGUGGGUGAGCGAGGCGGCGAAGCUGGAUGGGAGUAAACCCGUGCGCGGCGGAAUCCCGGUCGUCUUCCCGUGCUUCGGUCCCCCGCCUAAAGACCAUGCGACUGGAAAGCUGCCUCAGCACGGCUUUGCGCGGAACUCGCAGUGGGAGUUUCUCGGCAAGUCGUCUUCGGAGUCCGGGGCAUCGUCAAGCAAAGCAGAUGAUUCCGUGACGCUGGAUUUCGGCCUGUCCACUGCGCAGCUGAGCGAGGAGGCGAAGAAGGCCUGGCCGUUUGAUUUCGGGCUUGUGUACAGCGUUACGCUGGGCAAGGGACGCUUGCAGACGAUGCUGAAUGUGCGGAACGAGGGCAAGACGAGCUUUGAGUUUCAGAUGCUGCUGCACUCCUAUUUCCGCGUGGAGGACAUCUCUCGCACGGAGACUCGCGGCCUUGGAAGCGUCACGUACGUCGACAAAGUCCUCAACGCCACCGAGCACCAGCAAACCGACCCCAACGUGCGCAUCACGGGCGAAGUGGAUCGUGUAUACAAAUCGAUCAAAAUCGACACCACGUCGAUUGUGGAGGGCGGACAGCCCCGUCUCGACAUCACGCGCGACAACCUCGAGGACACGGUGCUGUGGAACCCGUGGAUUGAGAAGGCGAAGGGCAUGGGAGAUUUCGAGCCCAAGGACGGGUAUAAGAAGAUGCUGUGUGUGGAGGUUGGGGCGGUGGAGGGCUGGCAGAAGUUGGAGCCGGGUGAUACGUUUGAGGGCGGGCAGAUUGUGAAGAGCCAUGUUUAGAUGUAUUCUUCAUCGUGCGGAAACUUCGGGCGAGCAUGGAUGGGAUAUGAAUUUCGGCGGCCAUUGCCAUAGUGCAGGCAGGUAUUUAGACAGCAGCAUAGCAUCCUCUCGUUCUCUCGA